GCGAGUGUGUGUGCGCGCAUGUGUGUGUGUGUGUGUGCUCUGCUGUUGCUGCCCUUUGAUCCCUGCAUUAGUGUUAGUUAGGGGCUCGGAGACACACACUUACAGAGAGCAGCCAUAGUCAAGACACGGCAACAACAACAGCACCUCCUCCUCUACUCUUCCCUAUUCCCAACAAUACACUUAACCGAGGACAGCCAGGUGCACGACAAGUCCCUGCCAUCAGGCUCCCUCGCAAAAUUUCAAUGGGAGAAGACCUUUUUUCUUCUUAUCCCUAAACAAGAAGGAGAAUGUGAUAAAAGGGGGAAAAUGCCAAGGAGGAAACAGGAGCAACCCAAGCGCCUGCCUUCACAUGUGGACACGGUAGAGGAUGGAGGACCAGAGAGUGGCUCAAUCGAAGAAGACGCCUGGUUUGGGAAUACCUCCGACAGUCCCUCUGAAUCAUCCUACGGUGAUGUGCAGGAUGAGCUGCGGGUUUCCCCAGACAAUGUCCCCCGACCGGACCACGACACCUCGGCAGAGAGCUCCAUGGGCUGCCCCACGCCAGUUCAGCGUGCCUCCCUGGAGCUGCUGGGCCUGGACGGUGGGGUCCUCUCGACCCAAGACACGCUGUCCUCGGUGGUGUCCUCUCUUUACGGAGACUCCAACCAGGCUCUGGGCAAGCCCCUCAGCAGCAACCUGCGGCGUCUUCUGGAGGCCGGCUCGCUGAAGCUUGAAGGAGGGGAGCUGAUCGGACGUGGAACAAGCAGAGGACUGGAGUCGCCCCCUAUUAGCUUGGUACUAUCUCCAUCUUCACAUCACGCACAGCAGCUGAGUGCGCUUGCUAGGAGACUGGCUAACAGCAGCAACAACAGUGGCAACUCAAACUCUGCAUCACCUGCGUCUGAAGCGACUAUCAAGCAGGAGCCCUGUGACCCAUUCGGCACCAGCAAUGGCCCCAGCUCAGGAAACAGUGGCUUUGUUUGGGUAGGGGUGGCAGAUAAAUGGCCGUCUGCACCCAGCGGCAGCAGCUUAUCACCAGAUUCGGCCAUACAGAAGUUGAAGGCAGCAGCGAAUGCCGUGCUCCAGGACAAGAGCGCAGUGGCCUCCUCCACCUCGGCUUCUUCGUCCUCCUCUUCCUCAUCCUCCUCUUCGUCAGUCACCUCUUCCUCCUCAAUGGCAGGCCUUGGCACCCGCUCAGAUGACGCGGUGCGCUUUGAAGCGUUCGCUUCUCCCUUCAGUUCCCAGUCGGCCAGCUCUACACUUGCUGCCCUCUCAAAGAAAGUGUCUGAAAGGAGUCAGCAGCAGGUGGGCACAUCUGAGCAUCAGUCCUCAGCUGGUUCCUUUCUCUCCCUUGUUUCCAUGACCUCCUCAGCGGCUCUGCUAAAGGAGGUGGCGGCACGAGCAGCAGGGAACCUUCUGGCUGAUAAGAAAGAGACGGCUUUAGUAUUGGGAGCCACUGAGGAUGUCAAGCCCCUGUUAGACAGGAACCAGAAGGUGCCCACCCCAACUCAGACCAUGGACCUUCUGCUGCCAACAAUCCCCAAGGGAAGGGCCAAGCCCGGCAGUCAAGCAGGUUCUCCUGAGGAUGGAGGUAAACCCUUUCAGUGCCCUGUAUGCGGUCUGGUCAUCAAGAGAAAGAGCUACUGGAAGAGGCACAUGGUGAUCCAUACAGGCUUGAAAAGCCACCAAUGUCCUCUCUGUCCCUUUCGAUGUGCUCGUAAAGACAAUCUCAAGUCCCACAUGAAGGUCCAUCAGCACCAGGACCGAGGGGAGACCUUUCAGUGUGAACUCUGCCCCUUCACAUCCUCUCGCCACUUUAGCCUCAAGCUGCACAUGCGUUGCCAUCAGCACUUCCCUCGUCCUGACCUCAAAGUCAAAGAAGAACCUGGCACUGACACAGAAGAUAGCGAGGGCUUGUUCAUUGGGGACGGUGGAGCUGGUGGGGAUCAGAUCAUGAACACAGAUGCUUCCACGUCUCCCUCUGUAACCUACCCUGAUGGACGUUUGCUGGCCUCCCCUGGAGAACCCUCAAAUCACGUUCAGAUUAAGGAGGAACCCCAGGAGAGGGAUCUGUCUGUGAUGUCUCCCUUUGCCUUGUGCAGGGAGCGGCCCAGCAGCAGUAGUUCUCUGGAUCUAUCUGGGCUCAAAUCCAGCCCGACAGGCCUUGGACCUACAGCUGCCUCGCUCUUCAGCCCAGACAUCACUACCAAGACGGCUACAGACCUUCUAAUGAAGCUCUCAGCAGCGAACCAGAAGGAGGCCCUGAAGAGUUCGUUCUGUAUUAAAGAGGAACCCCAGGCGGAAGAGCCCCUGAGGGGACCCAGCUACAGCUUCUGCCAGGAAGGGGCCACUAAGCCACAAGAGGAAGGGAGCCCCAUGUUAGGCAAGAACAGCAUACUCAGCCAGGACAUCAACGUCAAAGUGGCCUCUGAACUGCUUAUAAAGCUCUCAGAGAACAACAAAGACACUUGUCUCCAGAAAGUUAUGGUGAAGGCGGAGCCUAUGGAAGUGGAUCCACCUCUUGAAAUGGCUCCACCCUCAUCUCAUCUACUGGGCUUUAGCACUUCAGGGGCUUGUGAGAAAAAGGAACCAAUGGUCAACCUCCCAGAUCCUUUGCCCCGCCCCCAAAAUGACCUCUUCUCCCAGGACAUAUCGGUCAAAACGGCCUCCGAGCUGCUUUUCAAACUGUCUGAGAAAGUAAGUAAAGCGAACGAAAACAAAGACAAUGCAUCCUUCGGUAUACACAGCCCUUUCCUAGAUGACCGCUUUCGACAAUCACCUUUCACCGCACGCUCCAAGAGCUCUUCCCCAGCUGAAGCUGGCUCUUCAAGCAGGGUUGCCCAGCAAGCGUUGAGACUGCUGGACUGGGCAGCUGGCACUCCCUGCCUCCCUCUACUGGCCCCUCUGGCAAAGGAUACAGAGAAGGUGAGUGGAGAUCCAGGAAAUGGACUUUCCCAGUGGAGACUCAACGAACAGCUCUUUCCCUGCCCUAUAUGUGGCAAAGUGUUUGGCCGCCAACAGACCCUCUCCAGACACCUUUCCCUACACACAGAAGAGAGGAAAUACAAGUGUCACUUGUGUCCGUACGCGGCUAAGUGCCGUGCCAACCUCAACCAGCACCUCACAAUCCACUCGGUCAAACUGGUGAACACAGAUGCCGAACACAUCGUUACUGCUGUUACCCAUGAAGGACCAGAGCUGAAAAACUGCCCUUACUACUACAGCUGCCAUGUGUGUGGCUUUCAGACGGAGUUUAACGCUCAGUUUGUCAGUCACAUGUCUCUCCAUGUGGACAAAGAGCAGUGGAUGUUCUCGCUCUGCUGUAGCACCUGUGAGUAUGUGGGUGUGGACGAAGCCGAGAUGAAAGCUCACAUCAGUGCAGGACACGCAGGUCUCAACUCCAGAAGUCCUCUCAGUGAGACCAAGAGCACUUCCUCGUCUUUGUCAGCUCUUAGUGAUUCCCUCAACAGUUCUGAAGGUGGGGAUGUUGCCCAAGGUAACGAAGAACUGAAAAGCCUUUUGGCUCCGCCUUUUUCUGCAGGCAGCCAAUCAAGCUCAGGCCCAGGCACAGAGGACAAGGCAGAAAAAGGUUUUGAAUGCGUGUUCUGCAACUUUGUGUGUAAGACUCGGGCCAUGUACGAGCGGCACCUACAGAUCCACCUCAUCACACGCAUGUUUGAGUGCGACGUCUGCCACAAGUUCAUGAAGACACCCGAGCAGCUCCUGGAGCAUAAGAAGUGCCACACCGUCCCCGCUGGAGGGCUCAAGUGCCCUCUCUGCAUCUACUCCACCAACAGGCCAGCCGCAAUGGAGGGCCACCUGAAGACGCACUACAAGAUGGAGUACCGCUGCCGCAUCUGCCAAGCCGUGUGGGCCAAUCAGGCAGAGCUGGAAAGGCACACGCGCGCUCAUCGCCUGGGCAACCACUACAAGUGCGAGCAGUGCGGCUAUCUCUCCAAAACAGCCAACAAGCUCAUCGAGCAUGUGCGCGUGCACACCGGCGAGCGGCCUUUUCACUGCGACCGCUGCAGCUACAGCUGCAAACGCAAGGACAAUCUCAACCUCCACAAACGGCUCAAACACGCGCCGAGACAGACCUUCGGCUGCGCCCAGUGCCCGUUCACCACCACCCACCCGUUCGUCUACAGCCGCCACGUUAAAAAGCACCAGGGCGGAGAGGGAAGUGCCGAGGAAGGCGAGGCCCAGCCAGGUACGCCGCGCCCGGGCCUUUUGGAGAGAGGUGGGAGCAGCUGCGAGAGUGGGGACAGCGGGACCACAAGCCCACUAAUGAGCCUUUCUGCCUCUCAAGCCGUGCAGUCUGUCGCCCUCUCGAUCACCAGCAAGCAGCAAGACGGCAUGCCACGCCAACGCUACCUCUCGGCCAACGGCACAUUCUCCACACUGGCGGCUCGCUACUUUGAGCAGUACAGGAACUGUGACCUGGCUCACCUUAUCCCCCUUACGACGCUCUUCACGGCCCGACGAUUCACAUUCCACAGCCCGUCCCCCUCAAACUCCUCGCCAACCUUCUCCAGAUUCCGGUCCAGCUCGUCUUCACAGUCCCCGCCUUCUCCCAUGUCACUCAAACACUCCUUCCUGUCAUACCUGGGACUGACAGAGAGAGCUAAGACCAUCUGACCAUCCAUAAGUUUAGCAGUUACCCUUCCUUUCCCUGGGAAUAUCAUUAAUCACCAAUGCCACUAACUGUUCCAUAGGCAGACUGAAACGCUGCCCUGCAGAAUAGACAUCCAUUUAUAUGAGGAAAAGCUAUACUGUACGUCCUUCAGCCAUUUCUAUCAGACCGAGUUUUGUUUUCAGUUCUAUCAAUACAAAUAUUGCCCUUUUUAAAAGGUCUUAUAACGAUUUUUUGUUUUCCUCUGCAAAUUGUGAAUGACCCAGAAUCAAAAUAAUAGUGCUUUAUCUAUUGAACUUUUAUAUUCGUUUUGAUGGGAGAAAGCAAACCACGAACAUAUAAGCUUGCAAGCGAUAAGCUUUUUUGUGCAUUUUGUCUUUUUGCCAUGAACCAGACAGCAUGUUUGCUAUAUGUUGUCGUUGUUUUUUGAAGUAAUUUUAGGGGCUCAUUAUGAAAUGUGUUGGGGUACAUGGCACGAGAAAACGAACGAAACGAACCGCUGUCUUUAGAGUCUCGUUUCCAAAGCUAAGUCUCAGACCACGCACUUGUUAAUUUAUCGAACUGUACAUAGUUUUGUAUUCUUUAUUUUCUCUCCUUCUCCACGCCUGUUGGCAUUGACUGGUUUUGCUGAAUGGUGAGACCAUUGGCAGAACAUCGAUCUCGCCUCAACAGCACGCAUACGGCCCUUUAUGAAACCUACGGGGCACAGCUGAUGGCAUUUCUCAAUACAAGCCAUUUGGGGCAUGCUAAUGGCAAAAGCAAUCAUUACCACUUUCGUAGUGGUCUUCAGCCCAUUAUGCAGCCUUGAUCCCUUCGCUGUCCUCAUCGUAUUACUGGAUGCUACAGAUUGUGCCAUAGCUGCCCGAGGUGGGCUGGCCGUCUCCCGUAGGCAUGAGAUAAGAUGUGUGUACCAGUCAAGCGCCCUGUGCAUAGCUAUCGUAUGUAAAACGCACCUGUACGUUUAACAAGAUGUAUGAGGUGACAGAAUAAGUGGGUUUUCCCCAAAACCUGUCACAAAGGCCGAUUCAAUGGUGCUUUUUGGAGCUUUUUGUAAUAUUGUGUGUAAAAAGAAAACUGUUCCAAAAUGACUUGAAUGAAUGUACUUUCUGUAGGUUAAUGUUAAAGUGAUACAGAGGUAGCUGGGCAGUGGUAAGAAAGAACAUGGAGAAACAAUGGUAUCUCGGUGGCCUUCUGUGUCUUAAAAUUUUUUGUUCUAGUAUUUUUUUUUUAUUGUUUUUAUUUUGAAAGAGCCUUUGAAAUGUAAAAUACAAAUAUAUAUAUAAAAUAUAUACCCUGUACUAACAAGCUAUUAUGAGAACCCCAUUGGCUCUCAAGUGCAAUGUGGAGGCAGCCAUUAUUAAAGAGAAGGACUUGUGAAAGCAUGGCUUUUCAUAAGCGGGCAAACAUGGUACCAUAAAUCUAUGUUCCCCUUUUCAUUUUUGAGUUUUAAUUGCACUUAAUAUUUGAAUUUAUUAAACAAAAGCACUUAGACCCAAUAGAAAAUGUUCUUGAUGCCAAUUAGUUCAACCACCCCAUCAAACAGCCUUGAUGUUAAGUAUUAUUUUUUAUAUUUCUGCCACAAUAGUUGGAAAAACUAAUUCAAAACCUCUUCCUGAAGGUAUUUGCCAAACAGCAGCAGUUGACUGCCCUGUUUAGAUGGAUAGUAUGACGUAUAAUCCAGUCAGCAGAGGUCAAAAUCCCCCUGGGCACCAAAGUACCAUGCUACAUUUUUAACAGCAAUUUUGCACAGUGUUGUAAAAGUUGCACUUUUUUUAAACAAAGAAAACAUAUUUAUAAACUGUAUUGUCCAUAGUAUGGAUAAGCUCAGAUUCUAAGAUCUAUCCAUGUGAUCACCCUCUAUGUAACCAUUGAUGGGUUUGAUCAAAAUGUACCUCCGGUCUAAAAUACUUUUGCUUGGUUACUGGCUAGGCUGAUAUAUUUCAAGAAAUAGGAAGAUAGGACACUUGGAUUAUUAGUACACAAAGAGUAAAAUAGCAUUUGUUUGGUCCAGACUAUAAUCUCAAAAUGGCCAAUUAUCGGCCAAUAUAUAAGUCAACAACCAUAUUGUGCAAAGCUCAAUAACUUAAAGGGACACUCCACUUUUUUUGAAAAUAUGCUAGUUUUUCAGCGCCCCUAGCAUUAGCAUUGCGCUCAAACAUAACCAAAGAGUUUCUAUAUUUUUCCUAUUUAAAACUUGACACUUCUGUAGUUACAUCAUGUACUAAAACUGACGGAAAAUUAAAAGUAGCAAUUUUCUAGGCCUAUAUGGCUAGGAACUAUACUCUCAUUCAGGCGUAAUAAUCAAGGACUUUGCUGCCGAUACAUGGCUGCAGCAGGCGCAAUGAUAUUGAAAGUUACAAAGGGGACUAUUUUCGGGCGCUGCAUAAUAUCAUUGGGCCUGCUGCAGCCAUGGUGCAACAGCAAAGUCCUUGAUUAUUACACCAGAAUGAGAAUAUAGUUCCUAGCCAUAUCGGCCUAGAAAAUUUUCUGUCUGCCUUAAGUUUUAAAUAGGAAAAAUAUAGAAACUCUUUGCUUCUUUUUUGAGCGCAAUGCUAAUGGUCUAAUCAGAUUCAAUGGAUUAUGCUAAGCUAUGCUAAAAGUGGUAUCGCCAGACCCGGAGAUCAGCUGAAAGGAUUCCAAAACAGUAAAAAUCAAAUGUUUAACUCUAGGGGAGAUGGAAAAUGGGCAUAUUUAAAAAAAAAUUAAGUGUCCCUUUACAGUCUUUAUAUUUACAGACAUUCAAUGCUUUUUAAUGAUUUGAUCAUUUUAAUAUUGUUCAUUAUAGAUAUAAAUGCUCUCCCAGGCUCAUUUAAAUAAGGACUGUUAAGCUGAUGUUAGACUUUUAAAGAUAAAAGAAGCAUUGUGUUACCCAUGACAUACAAAGAGAUCAUACUUAGCAAAAUUCCCAAAAGUUAGUUUUACUAUAACUUGCCCUGUAAGAUGAUCUGAAUGACAAUAUCUGUAUUUAAGGCCAGUUUAUAAAUGAAAUGCAGGUUAGAAGUAUACGGAGCCCUUUAAAGAAGUCUGACAGUUUCUUUACUCGACACAAUAUACUUACUUUAUAUAUGUUUUGCUCUUGCUGUAUCAUUUUAUUUUUCUCAUGUAAAUGCCCAGCAUGCGGUUUAGUGGUAUGUUGUAUUUUAAAUGGAGCUUUGUUUGCUUGUUAAUAAAGCUCCUGUCAAGCCUGUUAUCUUUUACGCUCUAGUGCCACUUGGUGGAAAGGAGUGGCCCGAGAGCCUGAGAUUAAGUGAAACUGACUCUCAGGACCCAGUUUGAUAGAAUGAAUCCAAAUUGAACGUCUACUGGGAAACCUCCUUAAUAUGUCCGUCUGCCUUGGAACACCAUGUUAUCAUCAUCAUGUUAAAAACAUGGCUGCUGCUCGAUCAAGCUCAGUUUUGUGGGCAUGAGGAGCGCGACAGGGAUGAUCACUCUCUGUUCCAAUACCAGUAUUUAAAAAUACUUAAAACUUGGUGUUUUGUUUGCCUAAUUGCAAAAAGCAGUGAUUAUUGUUUAACGUCAUUGCGUCACACGGGAUUGACUACCUUUUAGCACUUCAAAAGAUGCAUGAAUUGCUCUUGAUCUCUAGUUUGUAGCACUUACAUUAUUUUGGUCAGAAACGAAAGACCAACUCGUUUUGCAUUUAGCUUUGCGGGUUACUCUGCACAAUCUGUUUGCUUUAUCUCUUGCUGUACUCUACAACUCAAUAAGGCUCAAAUAUCAUUUUGUUUCUUUCUUAUUUGGCACCCAGUAAACUUGUUAUGUGCUGUAUAAAGCUUUUUUUAUUACUUCAUUCUUAAGGCUGUACAGGGUUGUUUGUGAGAAUAACUGGUAAUUAGAUCAUUUGUACUUUUUUUUGUAUUUCAGUUUACUUGGUUUCGCAUUUCUUUUUGUUCAAAUUGCCAGUUCUAAAUGUAACAGGAUUUGAAAGUAAAGCUAACAUCACAUAUUA